AUGGCCCACUACAGCCCUGUACGGCUCCAUAUGGCCCACUCAUGGUGGUCCCAUGUGGAAAUGGGUCCCCCUGACCCCAUCCUGGGGGUGACAGAAGCUUUCAAGCGUGACACCAACUCCAAGAAGAUGAACCUGGGUGUGGGGGCAUACCGGGAUGACAACGGGAAGCCGUACGUCUUGAACUGUGUUCGCAAGGCUGAGGCCAUGAUAGCAUCCAAGAAGAUGGACAAGGAGUACCUGCCUAUUGCAGGGCUAGCGGAUUUCACCCGGGCAUCUGCAGAACUGGCACUGGGUGAAAACAGUGAGGCUUUCAAGAGUGGCCGGUAUGUCACUGUGCAGGGUAUUUCUGGGACUGGAUCUCUGCGAAUUGGAGCCAAUUUUCUGCAACGGUUCUUCAAGUCUAGCCGUGAUGUGUAUCUACCCAAACCGUCCUGGGGCAAUCACACACCCAUUUUUCGUGAUGCUGGCCUGCAGCUUCAGGCUUACCGCUACUACGACCCCAAGACAUGCAGCCUUGACUUCUCUGGAGCCAUGGAUGACAUUUCUAAAAUUCCAGAGAAGAGCAUCAUCCUUUUGCAUGCCUGUGCUCACAACCCCACCGGGGUGGAUCCCCGGCAGGAGCAAUGGAAGGAGUUGGCGGCUACGGUGAAGAAACGGAACCUCCUUGUGUACUUUGACAUGGCCUACCAGGGCUUUGCCAGUGGGGAUAUCAACCGUGACGCCUGGGCUGUGCGGUAUUUCAUCGAGCAGGGCAUCAAUGUCAUCUUGUCACAGUCCUACGCCAAGAACAUGGGGCUGUAUGGAGAGCGUGCGGGUGCCUUCACGGUGAUCUGCAGUGAUGCAGAGGAAGCCAAGAGGGUAGAAUCACAGCUGAAGAUCCUCAUCCGCCCCAUGUACUCUAACCCACCCCUGAACGGAGCCCGCAUUGCUUCUAUCAUCCUGAACACCCCUGACCUUCGUAAGGAGUGGCUCGUGGAGGUGAAGAGCAUGGCUGACCGGAUCAUCAGCAUGCGGACUCAGCUGGUGUCCAACCUCAAGAAAGAGGGAUCCUCCCACAACUGGCAGCACAUCACUGACCAGAUUGGCAUGUUCUGCUUCACAGGGCUGAAGCCUGAGCAGGUGGAGCGGCUGACCAAGGAGUUCUCCAUCUAUAUGACAAAGGACGGACGAAUCUCUGUGGCGGGAGUUACAUCAGGCAAUGUAGGUUACCUGGCUCAUGCCAUCCAUCAAGUCACAAAGUAAAGACAAAGGUGUGCCCUGGAGCUGGUGGCCUUCCCUUCCCCACCGGUCGAAGAUGGGGAGGGAAGGGAAACAAGCAGAAUACUUCCAAGCACAGCACUUGAGACCGCUGCUGAAUGUAUCUUGUAGAUGACUUGUAGAAGCCUAGUCAAAACCACCCUGCGUUGUGGAGUGGGGACAUCAUUGCUGGCUCCCGCUCAUCACAGCCGUUCUCCCCCACUCUCCAUCCUUUGUCCAUCAGCCCCAGCACCCAUCUGCACUGGAGGAAGCAAACGCUUAGCGCUGCCACCCUACCGGCCUAGGCACCAAAGGCUUCCCCACACUUGCUUCUCCAUGAGAAGGCUUUGUGAGGCCGCUGGCGCAAGCGGCAGCAGGCAGGGAGCUGGGUGGGCUGAGCAGGGGAGCCACCAAAGCUGCCCUCUGACAAACGAGUUCCAAGGACUUCUCACUACUUAAAUCUGCUCCAUUGCUGGCUUUGCUUUUUCCGUCUGGGAAUCUCCUUUCAGGUGUAAUUCAUAGGGGCGUUGGUGUGUGGGGCAGACACGGGUCCCUCCUGUAAACCUGCCUGGUUCUCCUGACUUUGCCCCUGAGCUCUGAGGUGAAGCAAUUUCACACUCCUCCCCCAAAUAAGAACCUCCUCUGCGAACUGCUCUCUGUUGGUCUCUGCCUCUCCGUGUUCCUGUGCCAAGCCCAGGAGCCUAGCCCUGUGCCUGAAGCAGCCUUCCCUGCAAUGCAGAGUCGUGUGUGUUCCAAAGCCAUGAGCCAAGAGGGGGGCCCCGCCAUGCCCACCCUCACGUGGGGGUGCCGUGGGGUGUUCCUCUCAUCUGCUUGGUUCAGCCAAAUUUCUGGUGAUGCUACA